UAGUAAACGAGAAACAGUAGAAGAAGCCACGCAUAUCAUGGACAAACUCGUCUCUCCAUCGCCACAGUUACUUUGACUACACACACAUACAAGAAUGGCAACCACAAAGAAGUUUCGUAUUGCUCACCUGAGAGCUUGUCUUCUAUUCGUGGUGCUUCUGUCUGAGUAUCGGGCUCAUGCUUCAGACGAACAAACGAAAACGGUGGAGUUUGACGUGAGACCGGGAGGGACGAUGUACACCUUCACCGAAUCAAUUGGAGAGUAUGAAUGCUCAUUCUCAUUCAGUGCACAAGGAGGAACCAAUGAGAAAUGGCUCAUGAGUGUGGGCCUUGAUGAAGACAACCGGCUUUUUUCCUGCUCUGUGUGGAGGCCCACAGGGAAAUCAUACUUGUUUUUCACCUCGUUCAAAAUGGAGAUGAAGGGAGCCAAAGUUGAAUAUGCAAAUGCAUUCUCGCAAGUGGCAAUGGCAGCAGGACAGCGUGAUGUGGAGCUUAAUUCAGAGGAAUACACCAUCGGGGAGUCUGCAGUGACUCACACUGAAGGCAAGUUCAAGGCUCAACUAUCCAAGGUGAUGGCGGUCGGACGCACGAGACACGUCGAGCUGUGAGCGGCUGGCGCUCGGAAGCCGCGGCAGGCGUCCUUGACUUUAAGCUCAUUUGUCAAUGGUCUUGGGUUUUUGGAAAAAUGGUUGAGUGACUGAGGAGGAUCACCACAAUACAAGUGGGCAAGCAUUUGCCCCUCCCGGUGAUAAAUACCAUCAACUGUAUCCUUUUUAAGUUCACUGUAUGAUGUUUUUACUUUAAAGGACCAUUCUUCUGUCAUUUAUUAACUUUUUGCAGCAUAAUGUGUGGGGCUAUUCCAUUUGGAAUCACUGACGUGCAAUUCAAAUCAUCACAAUCAUCUAAUCGGGGUUUGUUUGUUUUUUCAUAAUUGUCAUAUGGGCCUCUCAGGACUGGACUGAAAAAGCCCCCAGUUGUACUAUAAUCCUCAGUAUCAUCACAUCAUAUUCACAAACAUUUUCUUCAAUAGUACUUCCAACUCAUUUCACAAAUCACUACUUGUGUGAUAUUUUAUUUUGGGGCGAGAGGGGGGGGCGGGGUAGGUGACGUGAAGGGUUGAUUUUGGUCAGCGGGUAUUUUUAGAACGGUAACGACUUUUUCUGAAACGGGUGUCUUUUCAACAUUUCUUUAACGUGAACUUAAUUUUAAACAUUUAGAAAAACGACGAUUUUGGUGCUGUUCCGAAGCAAGAUGCUAUUAUUUACCCAAAUCUGUUGGUUCGAGCCCCCAAAUGAAACGCUUCCAUAAUUCUCAAUUCCUCUCCGAUGAAUAAAAAGAUUCCACAUGUAAGCUGUAGAAAACACCUUCUUUUCCUCUCCUCUAAUAUUUUUGGGUGCUGUUUGUCCUGAAGCAAGACACCUGUCUUUUUCUUAAAUCUGAUGUUUCUAUUCAACGGAGGCAACAUUUCCCUAAUUCCUAAUUCUCUGAUGAAUUCAAAUAAAAGACAAACUACAGAAGUUGUGAUGUUCAUACCUUGUUUGCUUUGCUGUAUCACUUCUCGUGGCGGCCCAUGUAGGUUGAGGAAACGGUUUUAGGAGGGAUUUUUUUUUUUUUUUUGCCAAGCGUUCCUCGGUGGUCCCAACAGGAUGUAAACCGUGUCUUAGUGAUGGCUAGGAAAACACAAGUCAAUAAGAUGUCACUGCAUUUUGUACAAAGAUGAUUUUUUUCCCCAACAACUUGAUAACCCCGAUUCAAUAAAUUCAAGCUGUCACAGAAAA